GACCCACACAGUGCAGUGCUGGGACCGGGAAUGCGCCGCGGGCCCGCCUCAUGCCGCCGACCGGCUCCGAGCCCCCCAGGAUGAACAAGAAAAAGGGAGACAAGGGCUUCGAGAGCCCGAGGCCCUAUAAAUUAACUCAUCAGGUUGUCUGCAUCACCAACAUAAAUUUCCAGAGAAAAUCGGUUGUGGGAUUUGUGGAACUGACUAUAUUUCCUACAGUCGCAAACUUGAAUAGGAUCAAGUUGAACAGCAAACAGUGUAGAAUAUACCGAGUAAGGAUCAAUGAUUUAGAGGCGGCUUUCAUUUAUAAUGAUCCAACCUUAGAAGUGUGUCACAGUGAAUCAAAACAGAGCGGUGGUGCAUGCCUGGAUCGAACUCAGGACAUUGUGCUUGCAAGGAGAAAUCUCAAUUAUUUUUCCAAUGCAUAUGCAGCUGCGGUCAGUGCAGUGGAUCCUGACGCGGGCAAUGGAGAGCUUUGCAUUAAGGUUCCGUCUGAGCUGUGGAAACACGUGGAUGAAUUAAAAGUCCUGAAGAUACACAUUAAUUUCUCCCUGGAUCAGCCAAAAGGAGGCCUGCACUUCGUGGUGCCCAGUGUAGAGGGGAGCAUGGCUGAGAGGGGUGCUCACGUCUUUUCCUGUGGCUACCAGAAUUCCACAAGGUUUUGGUUCCCAUGUGUGGAUUCCUACUCUGAACUGUGCACGUGGAAGUUGGAGUUCACAGUGGAUGCCGCCAUGGUGGCCGUCUCCAAUGGCGACCUGGUGGAGACCGUGUACACCCAUGACAUGAGGAAGAAGACCUUCCACUACAUGCUCACCAUCCCCACUGCGGCAUCCAACAUCUCUCUGGCCAUUGGCCCUUUUGAGAUCCUCGUGGACCCUUACAUGCAUGAGGUUACUCAUUUCUGCUUGCCCCAGCUUCUUCCGCUGCUUAAACACACCACAUCCUACCUCCACGAAGUCUUUGAGUUUUAUGAGGAGAUCCUCACAUGUCGGUACCCGUACUCCUGCUUCAAGACCGUGUUCAUUGACGAGGCUUAUGUUGAAGUGGCUGCGUAUGCGUCCAUGAGCAUUUUCAGCACCAACCUCCUGCACAGUGCCAUGAUCAUCGAUGAGACCCCUCUGACGAGGCGCUGCCUGGCACAGGCCUUGGCCCAGCAGUUUUUUGGAUGCUUCAUAUCAAGGAUGUCUUGGUCCGACGAAUGGGUGCUGAAGGGAAUUUCAGGCUACAUUUAUGGACUUUGGAUGAAAAAAACUUUUGGUGUGAAUGAGUACCGCCACUGGAUCAAGGAGGAGUUGGAUAAAAUAGUGGCAUACGAACUGAAAACCGGGGGAGUUUUGCUGCAUCCCAUAUUUGGUGGCGGAAAAGAGAAGGAUAAUCCAGCGUCCCAUCUGCACUUCUCCAUAAAGCACCCGCACACGCUGUCGUGGGAGUACUACACCAUGUUCCAGUGCAAGGCUCACCUGGUGAUGCGGCUGAUUGAGAACAGGAUCAGCAUGGAGUUCAUGCUCCAGGUCUUCAAUAAGCUGCUGAGUCUGGCCAGCACCGCUUCGUCCCAGAAGUUCCAGUCUCACAUGUGGAGUCAGAUGCUGGUCUCCACGUCUGGAUUUUUGAAAUCUAUUUCAAACGUCUCUGGCAAGGACAUCCAGCCCUUAAUAAAGCAGUGGGUAGACCAGAGCGGGGUGGUGAAAUUCUACGGAAGCUUCGCAUUUAACAGGAAGCGAAACGUCUUAGAACUAGAAAUCAAGCAAGAUUACACUUCUCCUGGGACUCAGAAAUACGUGGGGCCGCUUAAAGUGACAGUGCAGGAGCUGGACGGCUCCUUCAACCACACGCUGCAGAUCGAGGAGAACAGCCUGAAGCACGAUAUCCCCUGCCACUCCAAGAGCAGAAGGAAUAAGAAGAAGAAAAUCCCACUGCUGAACGGGGAAGAAGCUGACAUGGAUCUCUCUGCGAUGGACGCCGACUCGCCCCUGCUGUGGAUCCGCAUCGACCCCGACAUGGCGGUGCUGCGCAAGGUGGAGUUCGAGCAGGCCGACUUCAUGUGGCAGUACCAGCUGCGCUACGAGCGCGACGUGGUGGCGCAGCAGGAGUCCAUCCUGGCCCUGGAGAAGUUCCCCACGCCCGCGUCGCGCCUGGCGCUCACCGACAUCCUGGAGCAGGAGCAGUGCUUCUACCGCGUGCGCAUGGCCGCCUGCUUCUGCUUGGCCCAGAUUGCAAAUUCCAUGGUGAGCACGUGGACCGGACCUCCGGCCAUGAAGUCCCUCUUCACCAGGAUGUUCUGCUGUAAGACCUGCCCGAACAUCGUGAAAACAAACAACUUUAUGAGUUUUCAGAGUUACUUUCUACAGAAGACUAUGCCCGUUGCAAUGGCUUUACUAAGAGACGUUCAUAACCUUUGUCCCAAAGAAGUCCUAACAUUUAUUUUAGACUUGAUCAAGUACAAUGACAACAGGAAAAACAAGUUUUCAGAUAACUAUUACCGGGCAGAAAUGAUUGAUGCCCUGGCCAACUCCGUCACCCCGGCCGUCAGUGUAAAUAAUGAAGUCCGGACUCUGGAUAACUUAAAUCCUGAUGUGCGACUCAUUCUGGAAGAAAUUACAAGGUUUUUGAACAUGGAAAAACUUCUUCCAAGCUACAGACAUACCAUCACCGUCAGCUGCUUGAGAGCCAUCCGGGUCCUGCAGAAGAACGGGCACGUGCCAAGUGACCCUACCCUUUUUAAGUCGUACGCAGAAUAUGGCCACUUCGUGGACAUCAGGAUCGCAGCUUUGGAAGCAGUGGUUGAUUACACCAAAGUGGACAGAAGCUGUGAAGAACUGCAGUGGCUGCUUCACAUGAUUCAGAAUGACCCCGUCCCCUAUGUGAGGCAUAAGAUUCUAAACAUGUUGACCAAGAACCCACCUUUUACAAAGAACACAGAGUCUCCCUUAUGCAAUGAAGCCCUCGUAGAUCAACUUUGGAAACUCAUGAAUUCUGGUACCUCACAUGACUGGCGGUUGCGGUGCGGUGUGGUGGACUUGUAUUUCACACUCUUCGGCCUCAGUAGACCUUCCUGUCUACCCUUGCCAGAGCUUGGGCUGGUUCUUAACCUAAAGGAGAAGAAAGCCGUCUUGAACCCUACCAUAAUUCCGGAGGUGGUCACGGGCAGCCAGGAAGCUGCGAGUAAUCCAAGCAGUCAUGCACAGCUGGCUGGAUUUCAGAACCCUUUCUCCAGCUCUCAAGAUGAGGAGGAGGUGGACAUGGACACCGUUCAUGAUAGCCAGGCCUUCAUCUCCCACCACCUGAGCAUGCUGGAGAGGCCGUCCACGCCGGGGCUCUCGAAGUUCCGCCCGGCCAGCACCCGGUCCGCCCUGCUGCCGCUUCGCACGCCAGGAUGUGAGGGCGCCCCCACCCCGAAGCCCGCGUGGGGCCUGGACCUUGUACGCAAGGGAGCAGGUAAGGAGCAGUCGCCUCUGGAGAUGAGCAUGCACCCCGCAGUGAUGGCGCCGCUGUCCGCGCUCACGAAGGAGUCGUCCUCCUCCAGACACAGCGAGCACCACCACCACCACCAUCAUGAGCACAAGAAGAAGAAGAAGAAGCACAAGCACAAGCACAAGCACAAGCACAAGCACGACAGCAGGGAGAAGGACAAGGAGCCGUUCGCCUUCUCCAGCCCGGCCAGCGGCAGGUCUGUGCGUUCCCCUUCGCUGUCAGACUGAGCCGGGCAGAGUGCGUGGGGUGCGUGUGUGCGCAUGUGCGAGCCGUCCUCUGGGCCGAACGUGAUGGCGGGGAGCAGCCCCGCAUCAUCAGCGCUCUCUGGGCCUUGGGUUUCUAUUAUUUAUAGUCGCGAGCUCUAGUCCCGAAGCGUGUCGUGAUUCCUGCCUGUGUCCUCGGACACACGCGGGCUUCUCCCCAGUGCUCUCAUGCACCUGCAGACCUGCCCCGGGCUGCAGCCCUCGGCCCUGCGCGCCUUCUGCCCGCUUCGGGGAGGGUGGAGAGCCUGUGGUGGACACUGGGCAGUUAGGUUUCCAUACGAGCGACCGCUCCGCGUGACUGAUGCGGGGAGUGCCUGUCACCCACGCGAACCCGCUGAUGGGCACAGCCUUUUCUGCAGGACACCUCCCUCCCUCUUGCACUAUUUCUUGUGUUAACCCUAGAAACUGAGCAUCAUAAUUUAUGAGCAAAGAAUGUAUUUCCUUUCACUCCAAAGGAAGGAAAUUUUUAGAAGUUCUUUUUAAAAAACGGAAUCAUUCUCUUGGUAGUAUAUUGGUGAUUAUGAUGUUGGAAGUUAGCAGACCUACCAAAUCCACAAGUUAUCUCAAAUCAGGAUGUGAAAAUUCCAGGUUUUGUUUCAUCUUCCACUGAGUAUAAAUAAUGUUCAUUUAUAAAAUGUUUUGCUGAAAAGUGGACAGUUUACAUGCCUGACAUGUGCCCACUCUGACUGCUCUGUGUGACACCAAGUCAGAUGCUGGAGUGAGGCCAGUGUCGGCCUCGCUUCUUCCUGUGGACGUGGUUAGCGCUCGAGAGUCACCAGAGGCACAGAAAACGUGUGGGACAUUUUGCUUUCAUAGCUUAGCUGUUUCUGUGGUUGUAUCUUUUACUUCUGAAUUGGCCACAUGCUUUGUUGUUUAAGAAAUUUUUCAUAUCUGUUUAAUUUUUAUCAUUUCUCUUAUUAAAAAGAUAGACAAAAAUUUCAAGGAAUACGUAUUUCGAAAGGGA